AAAAAUCUAUAAAGAGAGACCUGCGAGUGAAUUAUACAUCUUUAGCUCAAAUUUUUCCCUUCUCUUUUGCUAGCUCCAUGGCCAAGUUGCUUCCUCUUUUGCUCGCACUUCUGUUAUCCUUCGUCGCUGAUCUCUUUGUGGCUCCGUUGGCGACCGCGAUGCGCGUGCCUCUGAACCAGAUCGACUCCAAAGACAAUUUUACAAUGGCGGAGCUCAUCCGUCGAGCCGCGCGACGGAGUUAUAACCGGGUGGCGGCCCUCGAAAGCAAGCUGGCUUAUACCACCACAUCCUUUAACGGCUACACUCCGGUUAAGUACGGCUCUUACGAGUACUUAAUGGAACUAUCCAUCGGCACUCCUCCUGUUCCACUCUCCUCUAUGAUGGACACUGGUAGUAAUCUUAUUUGGACACAAUGCAAACCCUGCGUGCGUUGCUUCAAACAACCAACUCCCAUAUAUGAUCGGACCGAAUCAUCCACAUUCUCCCAGCUAGGGUGCACCACCCCACAAUGCAAUGAUCUUUCCAAGUACACACCAACAAAUUGCACCCAAUCAACUUGCCAAUACUCCUAUGGUUACGCAGAUGGAUCUUAUACGAACGGUGUGUUAGCUACUGAGACAUUCACAUUUGGAUCCAUCAAUGCUCCACCAAUCUCAGUCCCCAGUGUAGCAUUCGGAUGUUCCGACGACAGCGUCGUCGAUUUCCAAGGCAUCUCCGGCAUCGUCGGCCUUGCAAAGGGGGAGUUGUCGCUCGUCGCCUUUCUCAACACCCCGCGAUUUGCUUAUUGCUUGACGACUUACUUCGAUGCAAGCGGUUCGAGCACUCUUUUGUUAGGGUCUAGCGCGGAGUUGAAAGAAAGCGGAAAGGCGCAAACCACACCGUUGCUUAGUAACCCUUACCGUUCUGAUUUUUAUUACUACUACAUCCGCUUGAAAGGGAUAUCAAUCGGUGAAACUCUCCUAAAGAUUCCGCCAAGCACGUUCGAAAUAACUCAUGACGGGUCCGGUGGUUUAAUCAUUGAUUCGGGCACUUCAGCGACUCACCUUGUGGAGCCGGCUUAUUCGACCGUUAGACAAGCGGUCAUCGAUCUUGUUACGUUACCGAGAGUGAACGGAACAUUCGAUGCUUUAGAUCUCUGCUUCGUGUUGCCCUCUUCGGGUCAGUUACCGGACAUGCCGGACAUGACACUUCACUUUGAUGGCGCGGACAUGAGGUUACAAAAGGAAAACUACAUGAUCGUCGUGCCUGAAAGCGGUCUAAUUUGUUUGGCGAUGAUCGCAUCGCGCACGUUGUCCAUACUGGGCAACUACCAGCAGCAGAAUAUGCAGAUACUCUACGAUCUCGAAAGCUCGACGCUGUCGUUCGAGCCGGCACAAUGUGAUGUGCUGUGAUGUUGAGUUUGUUUGAAAUCAUGCAUUAGCUAUGUGUACGAUCUCUGGUUUGAGCUAAGAUUUUCUAUUAUGUUUGGUUUCAAGAUAAAAUAAAAUAAAUAAAAUAAAAUUAAGGGAA